UAUUCGUGUCAUGCGAGAGAUCCCCCGGGGAAAGUAUAUCUGCUAAUGCGAGUUAUAUUUUGUGCUCGGUAGCAACCUCAUGGCGCCGGACGAUUUCAAGAACCUCGGGUUGACAUUUGAGAAGGACAAGGCCGCUGCUGCUGCUGAGGGGGCUGCGGCGGGGACGGAGAAUAAGUCAUAGGGUUGGGGUUGUUGCCAUGCGAGGGUUGUACGAUAUUUCUGGGAGGUUGGCAGUCUUUGUGCAAAGCAUGAGGGCUGGGUUGGUUGAUGAUUUUCAUGAUAUGGUUGGUAGAUUAGUAUAUAUUCUCUCACUCUUCGGAUUUUUGGGCGUCCGGGAAAGGUGGUUGGUCAUCUAUAUUUCGUUCUAUGUAUGUACAGAACGUGCAGGAAUCUAUGGUCUGUAUGUACGUGCUGAUUAUCUACUUCGGGAUCCCCAGGCAUGCUCGUCCUUAGCAUAUUUGUUGUGGCCUGCGAUUGUCUUGUGAUGUCUUAUCAGAAAAGAAAUGCGGAAACCCCCAAUUUUCAUGCGAUGCGGGGAAAGCUAAAGUUA